CUCUCUUCAUGAAUAUAUUUGAAUACUAUUUCUAAAAUUAAGUGGGAAUAACAAGGAUAAAAAAUAAAUUACACCUUCAAAAUAAUUAACGUACAAGUAAAUACGACAUUCUUUUUGAGACUAACCAAAGAGGAAAGGAUGCCACAAGAAACGAAACGGAUAGAGUAUUCUUUUGGGUUAGCUUUUUCCAACCAAUAAUGAAAUUAUGUGGAAAAUUAAUUAUUUGACAAAAAUUUUAAGUUAAAGGAUAUAGAUUGAGAGUGUUUUUGGCCAAAAACUAUAAAAAAUAGAGUAAGAGAUAGAACAAAUAUAAAAAUGUUGUAUAAAUAAUUAUGUGAGUAUUUUAAAACAAGGUGUAAGGUAGUGUUUGGGUAUGAUAUUAUUGUUAAACAAAUCAUAAGAUUAGUAUUUCAUUAAAUAAUUGAAUUGAAAAAGAAUCAAUUAUCUUUCCAAUGAACAAAGAAUUUUUAAUCAUCAGUUUGAUGGAUUUUAUAUACCAUCGAAUUGGUUCGGUUGGUUCAUCUUCCCCUGUAUUAUUAAUUUUAAAGCUGUUAUUUCUUCAUUCAUGGCGGAAUCAAACGAAAACGUACCUGCUCAAAAAUUGCCGCUCGAAAAUCGGGUAGCUAUCGUUACCGGAUCUUCUCGAGGCAUCGGAAAAGCAAUUGCACUUCAUUUAGCUUCUCUCGGUGCUAAGCUCAUCAUCAACUAUUCCUCCUCAAACUCCACUACUCUAGCCGACGACGUCGUUUCUCAAAUCAAUUCUAAUAAAUCCGUUAACAAUUCCGCCGUACCUGCCGUCGCUGUCGCCGUUAGAGCUGAUAUCUCAGAUCCGGACGAGGUGAGAUCCCUAUUUGACGCAGCUGAAUCAGCUUUUCAAUCUCCGGUCAACAUCUUAGUGAACUCCGCCGCCGUGUGCGACGGAAAGCGUCCAACGAUUAUGAACACAGAUCUCGAGGACUUCGAUAGGACUUUUAGCGUGAAUACUCGUGGAUCCUUCUUAUGCUGUAAGGAAGCUGCGAACAGAAUGAUAAAUCGCGGCGGCGGAGGAAAGAUUAUAUGUGUGACGUCAUCUGCGACGGCGUCAUUUCGGGCUGGGAACGGUGCGUACACGGCAUCGAAGGCGGCGGUUGAAGCAAUGGUGAAAAUACUGGCGAAGGAACUAAAAGGAACAGGAAUAACGGCGAAUUGUGUGGCGCCGGGACCGAUAGCGACGGAUAUGUUUUUCAGUGCAGCAACAGAGGAGAAAGUGAAGAAGGUGAUCGAUGAAUGUCCACACGGAAGACUCGGCCAGUCGGAAGAUGUUGCUCCGGUCGUGGGAUUUUUGGCCAGCGAUGCUUCUGAAUGGGUGAAUGGACAAAUUAUUCGUGUCAAUGGCGGUUACAUCUGAUCACUUAGUUGCAUGCGAGGAAGCAUCAGUGCAUUCAUCUUGUUGCUUUCACCCUUGCCUACAUUUAUUCACAUAUGGAAGAAGAAAUCAGUGGAGAAAUUCUCAGCAUUUCCAUACAUUGUUGCAUUCCUAAACUGUGGCCUUUGGCUUUU